AUGUGCGGAAGAUACGCUCUCGCCCUGCGUCCGUCGCAGGUGCGCCGAAUGCUACAGGAUGACGACAUGCCAGUCUGGGACGCUCCAGCUGAUGAAGGAGACGGAGCACCUCGCCAGAGCUACAAUUUCGCGCCUGGGUACCACGGCAUCGUGUACCGCGCAGAUGUGCCCGACUGGGGAGCCGGUCCGCGCCGCGAGGCCAAAUCCAGCAAGGGCGCGAAGGCUGCCGCUGAAGACGCGUCCACAGAAGCUGAGACCGCGACAAAUGAUGGAUCAGCCGCAAUUGAGGCCGACACCCGGAGUGAAAGCGGCGAGACGCACUACAAGCUCCAGUCGAUGAAGUGGGGUCUUGUCCCCUUCUGGACGAAGCGGAACCCGGACUACGGCGCGGUCAUGAAGACGAUCAACUGCCGGGAUGACUCCCUUGCGCAAUCUGGUGGGAUGUGGAGCUCGAUGAAAGGUCGGAAGAGGUGUAUCGUCGUGGCGCAGGGGUUCUACGAGUGGCUGAAGACUGGCAAGGAGAAGAUGCCGCAUUUCGUCAAGCGCAAGGACGGACAUGAUGAUCAAAAACACUACACUUAUACCAUCAUCACGACCGACUCGAAUAAGCAGCUCAAGUUCCUUCAUGAUCGCAUGCCUGUCAUCCUCGACCCUGCUUCGGACAACAUGAAGACGUGGCUCGAUCCUCAACGCUAUGAAUGGUCAAAGGGCCUGCAGGACUGCCUGAAGCCAUUCGACGGCGAGCUAGAAUGCUAUCCCGUGAGCAAGGACGUCGGUAAAGUCGGCAACAAUUCUCCCACUUUCAUCAUCCCCAUUGCAAGUAAAGAGAAUAAGAACAACAUCGCAAACUUCUUCGCCAAUGCCAAGGCGAAGAGGGAGGCCCCAAAGGCCGACGUGGAGGUUAAGGAGGAACAUGCCAAAGAGGAGACACGUGAGAAAAGGUCGGUGGAAGAUGUCGCCGGAACGGCAGACGAUGGUGGUAUGGGAAUCGACACAGUCUCUGGAACCAAGAGGAAGGCAGACUCGGAAUUAGAGGAUGAGGUUGCGCCUCCUACGAAAAAGGCGCCUGUCCCUGUCUCUCCAACAAAGAUCAAAACGUCUCCCUCUCCAUCCCCGAGCAAAACCGCCCCGAAGAGCGGCAGGGCUAUCAGUGCGACAAGCAACGGCGCCAAAAGCCCUGCCAAGGGGAAGCCGAGUGGGAUGCAGAAAAUUACAAAGUUCUUUGGGAAUAGUGCUUGA